AUGGCGUCUAGCUCAGUACUUUUCCCAAAACGUGGGGACAUUUGGCUCCAAGCAGUUUUCGAUAAACCACGGAUCGAGUAUCCAUCGGACUUUCUGUCUUUUCUUAAGGCCACAGAGCUGGCCAGUGGCAUUUGGCAGUGCAGCCAUGAAGAUUCCCUGUGCAAUCUCGAUGCAUGUUUCAAGCACCUUGAGCCGGCCAAGAACUGGACGUGCAACUGCUUCAGUAGCACAAUGCAGCUCAUUUUGAAUGCAAUGAAAGAUGUCGCCAAGGAUCGUCUCAAUUCCAUUCGUACCAGACCGUGGCAACCUAAACAAGAUCAGUCCGAGACAAAGCCUAUCACUUUGGGCACGGAAAUGGCGCACAUGUUCUCGUCUUUAAAUCAUCACACACAAGCUGUGGCAAAGGCUGAACUCUUGCCUUGGAUGAUGUCCAUGGUCCUGGUCAGCCAUACGAAACAAGGGCACGUCAAGAUGGUCACACCAGUUUUGAUGAACGCUUCCAAGGCUUUAGUCAAUAAUUCCGAUACACGCAAGGAGAACCUUGAGGUGGAAACAGGAGUUACGCUGGUCAAGCAGAUCGAGGAUACAGCCACCCAUCUGGCUAAGUUGAAGGAGCUGAAGCAACGCACGGAGAAGGAAAAGGGAGCCGAGGCACCACCCGCUGACAGUAGCAAGGAAGAAAACCAGCAGGUCGAUGUUAGGACUUCGGCUCCCCCCAAGCAACUCGUGGAGGUCAAUGACACUGAGUCCGAACCCGAGGAACUCGAGCUUGUGAUCCCUACUCCGUUGCCGGAGAUUAAGAAACAAGGAUCUUCUGUCACUGCACAGCCGACUACACCGUUGAAGUCAGGGCGCGAGCGGGCCGCAAAUGCACCUGACAAACCAGCAAAGCGCUCGCGGAAGCGCAAUGGUGCCAUAAUGAUUGGGGAAUCUUAG